GUGCCAUGUGAGCCCAGCCCAGCUUCCCCUCCUGUUCACUCUCCUUCCUUCCCUCCUCCUGUCCGCUGGUAUUUGCCCAACAUCUUCAAAGAGGGACACCUGACAUCAUGUCUCUGCUCAACCCCGUCCUGUUGCCCCCUGACGUGAAGGCGUAUCUGAGCCAAGGGGAGCGCUUCAUCAAAUGGGAUGAUGAGACUUCAAUAGCCUCCCCAGUUAUCCUCCGUGUGGAUCCCAAGGGCUAUUACUUGUACUGGACAUAUCAGAGUAAGGAGAUGGAGUUUCUGGAUGUCACGAGCAUCCGAGACACUCGCUUUGGGAAGUUUGCCAAGAUGCCCAAGAGCCAGAAACUCCGGGAAGUCUUCAAUAUGGACUUUCCAGACAACCACUUCCUGUUGAAAGCAUUCACAGUGGUGUCCGGCCCUGAUAUGGUGGACCUCACCUUCCACAACUUCGUCUCUUACAAGGAGAAUGUGGGCAAGGAUUGGGCUGAGGAUGUCCUGGCUCUUGCCAAACACCCGAUGACAGCCAACGCUCCCCGAAGCAUUUUCCUAGACAAGAUCCUGGUGAAGCUUAAAAUGCAGCUCAACCCCGAAGGGAAGAUUCCUGUGAAGAAUUUUUUCCAGAUGUUUCCUGCCGAUCGCAAACGCGUAGAAGCUGCUCUCAGUGCUUGUCACCUCGCAAAGGGAAAGAAUGAUGCUAUCAAUCCUGAGGACUUCCCAGAAUCUGUGUACAAGAGCUUCCUCAUGAGCCUCUGUCCUCGGCCAGAAAUUGACGAGAUCUUCACUUCUUACCAUGCUAAAGCCAAGCCCUACAUGACCAAGGAACACUUGACCAAAUUCAUUAAUCAGAAGCAGCGAGACGCUCGGCUCAACUCCCUGCUGUUCCCACCAGCCCGGCCUGAGCAGGUGCAGGCCCUGAUCGACAAGUACGAGCCCAGCGGCAUCAACGCGCAAAGGGGCCAGCUGUCACCGGAGGGCAUGGUCUGGUUUCUCUGUGGACCAGAGAACAGCGCGCUCGCCCAUGACACGCUGCUGCUCCACCACGACAUGACGCAGCCACUGAACCACUACUUCAUCAACUCCUCACACAACACCUACCUGACAGCUGGCCAGUUUUCAGGCCUGUCCUCGGCAGAGAUGUACCGCCAGGUGCUGCUGUCUGGCUGCCGUUGUGUGGAGCUGGACUGUUGGAAGGGGAAGCCCCCUGACGAAGAGCCCAUCAUCACCCACGGCUUCACCAUGACCACAGACAUCUUGUUCAAGGAAGCAAUUGAAGCCAUUGCAGAAAGCGCCUUCAAGACCUCCCCCUAUCCAGUCAUCCUGUCGUUUGAAAACCACGUGGACUCGCCCCGCCAGCAGGCUAAGAUGGCUGAGUACUGCAGGACCAUGUUUGGCGAGACCCUGCUCACGGACCCUCUGGAAAAAUUUCCUCUGAAACCUGGCAUCCCUCUGCCCAGCCCUGAGGAUCUCCGGGGCAAGAUCCUCAUUAAGAAUAAGAAGAACCAGUUCUCUGAGCUAACAUCCCCCAGCAAAAAGCCAGGGGGGGUGGCUGAGGACAAUGGCCCAUCUAGUGUCCCCGUGGAAGAGGACACAGUGUGGACUGCUGAGGACCGGGCCGAGGCGGAGGAGGAGGCGGUGGGAGAGGAGGAAGAGGAGGAGUCGGGAAGCCUGGACGAAGAAGAAAUAAAGAAGAUGCAGUCGGAUGAGGGCACAGCGGGCCUGGAGGUGACAGCUUAUGAGGAAAUGUCCAGCCUUGUCAACUAUAUCCAGCCCACUAAGUUUAUCUCCUUUGAGUUCUCUGCACAGAAGAACAGGAGCUACGUCAUUUCUUCCUUCACGGAGCUCAAGGCCUAUGAGCUGCUCUCCAAGGCCUCGAUGCAGUUUGUGGACUAUAAUAAACGCCAGAUGAGCCGGGUAUACCCCAAGGGCACACGCAUGGACUCCUCCAACUACAUGCCCCAGAUGUUCUGGAACGCUGGGUGCCAGAUGGUUGCCCUCAAUUUCCAGACGAUGGACCUGCCCAUGCAACAGAACAUGGCACUGUUUGAGUUCAACGGGCAGAGUGGCUACCUCCUAAAGCACGAGUUCAUGCGCAGGCUGGACAAGCAGUUCAACCCCUUCUCGGUGGACCGAAUUGAUGUGGUGGUGGCCACCACCCUUUCCAUCACGGUGAUCUCUGGGCAGUUCCUGUCAGAACGCAGUGUGCGUACCUAUGUGGAAGUGGAGCUCUUUGGCCUACCAGGGGACCCCAAGAGGCGCUAUCGUACCAAGCUGUCAGCCACUGCUAACUCCAUCAAUCCCGUCUGGAAAGAGGAUCCCUUUGUCUUUGAGAAGAUCUUGAUGCCUGAGCUGGCCUCCCUCAGAAUAGCUGUGAUGGAAGAGGGUGGCAAAUUUCUCGGACACCGAAUCAUCCCCGUCAAUGCCUUACGUUCUGGGUACCACCACCUGUGCCUGCGCAGCGAGAGCAACAUGCCUCUCACCAUGCCCGCACUCUUCGUCUUUCUGGAGAUGAAGGACUAUGUGCCCGACACCUGGGCAGAUCUUACUGUGGCUCUCGCCAACCCCAUCAAGUACUUCAAUGCCCAUGACAAGAAGUCGAUGAAGCUCAAGGAGGGGACAGGAAGUCUGCCUGAGAGGCCCUUCUCCUCUGGGAUUCCUGUCGUCAGCCAGCCCAAUGGGGCAUCGGUCACAGCAGGCAACGGGUGGACGGCAGCUGGGACCAAGGCCAAAGAAGAAGCCACGAAGGAAGUGACAGAGCCACAGACCGCCAACUUGGAAGAGCUGCAGGAGCUGAAGGGUGUGGUGAGGCUGCAGAGGAGACACGACAAGGAGCUUCGAGAGCUGGAGAGGCGUGGAGCCCGGCGCUGGGAGGAGCUGCUGCAACGUGGCGCCGCGCAGCUGGCGGAGCUCCGGGCCCCAGCGGCUGGCUGCAAGCUCCGCCCGGGCAAGGGCUCCCGUAAGAAGAGGACGCUGCCCUGUGAGGAGGCCGUCGUGGCGCCUGGCGAGCUCUCCGAGGGUGCUGCGGACUCGCGCGUGCUGGAGCUGAGGGACAGGCUGGAGCAGGAGCUCCUGCAGCAGGGCGAGGAGCAGCAUCGCGCCGUCCUCAAGCGCAAGGAGCAGCACGUGACGGAGCAAAUCGCCAAGAUGAUGGAGCUGGCCAGAGAGAAACAGGCCGCUGAACUCAAGACUUUCAAGGAAACCUCAGAAACUGACACCAAAGAGAUGAAGAAGAAACUGGAGGCCAAAAGGCUGGAACGGAUCCAAGCCAUGACCAAAGUCACCGCAGACAAGGUGGCCCAGGAGAGGCUCAAGAGAGAAAUUAACAACUCCCACAUCCAGGAAGUAGUACAGGCUGUCAAGCAGAUGACAGAGACCCUGGAGCGUCACCAGGAGAGGCUGGAGGAGAAGCAGACAGCCUGCUUGGAGCAGAUCCGGCUGAUGGAAAAGCAGUUACAGGAGAAGGCGCUGGCUGAGUAUGAAGUCAGGAUGAAGGACCUGGAGACUGAAGUAAAGGAGUCAGUGAGGGUCUGCUUCAAGGCCUGCUUCACCUCUGAGACAGAGGAUAAGUCUGAGAGCUCCUGUGAGGCCCCCAAGGCACUGUGUCCACAGGAGCCGCUUGAGCACAAGGCAGACAUCCAGGAGAGCCGCCUCUGACGACAGCAUCUCACUCAGGCAUUUUAGUAGGGAUAUUCACACUCUUUUCUGCAACAUGGUCCCAUUGUCCAGGAGAAGAGAACCCUGACACCCCAGGCUGUGAGAGCCCGGGGCUCCCUUGGAUGCUGCAGCCCCUUCUCAGCCAGAUAAAGGCAGGAAUAAGAGAGCAUCGGGGCAAGAGCCCACCUGGAACCUGGGUCUUUUCUAAGCUGGCCUCUUCUGUCCAUCUCACCUAUAGUGAGUGCCAUGUACUCAUUGAAGGCAAAGGAGUAUGGACCAAGAAAGAAGAGAUUUGGUUCUGGUCACCCCCUCUGCCUUUCCUAAUGUACAACUAACUAGUGGCUCGCCACGCCACUCAGAGCUCGGUUUCCUUUCCUGGAGGCUUGGCUUUGCUCCCUGGAACUUCAGUCUUGUGGGUGUGGCUCCAGCAGAACCAAAUCCAAGCCCACACCUUUUUGUUUUGUUUUGUUUUUUGAGACAGAGUUUCUCUUUGUAGCCUUGGCUGUCCUAGACUGGCUCUGUAGACCAGGUUGGCCUUGAACUCAUAGAGAUCAACUGCCUCUGCCUCCCAAGCUGGAAUUAAAGGCGUGUGACACCACCACCUGCCGGCUAAGCCCUCCCACCUUGAUGUGGUACCUAACACACAGGCUUCUGGGCCUCAUCUCAAGCCUGCCUUGAGCACAGAGCAUUGCCAACUCCUUAAGGCAGAGCCUGGCAUGGCCUCAGAACUCUCUGGGGAUGACUGCUUCCAGAAUGGCAGCAAAGGUGGCCCUCACCUCCUGCCUAUGGGGAUAGGUGGCUGCAUGGGAAAGUUUCCUCAAUGGAUCAAAUACUGAGGGGUUGGGGGGGUUAUGCCUGGUGGCAAAGAGAGACUGUAGCUUCCGGGCAUUCUCUCUCCUACUCUAACCCUGGCUCGCCUGUUUUUCUGGGCCUGGCACUUUUCUAUCAGGUGGGUCACUCAAGGAGUUCAUUGUCAUUUUCAUUCCUGAAUGUGUGUGAUUUA